AUGUCUCCCCUCAGAGCGAAGAUCGUGGAGCCGGAGCAAGGCUCAAGAAGGCUUUCCUCAUUAUCAUCAUCGGCAGCAAUCUGGAAACCACAGCCAGGCGACGAGCCCGAAGAUGUCGUCUUCAACAGUCUAUACGGCCUACGGACGAUCGAACUGAACCGACCGUCGAAACUCAACUCCCUCAACGGGUCCAUGAUCCGCAAAAUAGCUCCGCGACUCAUCGAAUGGCAGAAAUCAGACAUGGCCAACGUGGUCGUCAUGAAGGGUGCAGGGAAGGCUCUGUGCGCCGGCGGGGACGUCGCGGCUUUGGCAAAAGCAAACAUGACAGGAGAACAAGGUCAGAAGUCGUCUGAUGAAUAUUUCGCGCUCGAGUACAAGCUGGACCACCUCAUUGCGACCUACGAGAAGCCAUAUAUCUCCUUCAUGGACGGCUUCACCAUGGGCGGUGGCGUCGGCCUCAGCAUCCAUGCGCCAUUCAGGAUAGCAACGGAGCGCACUGUUUUCGCCAUGCCCGAGACCACGAUUGGGUUCUUCCCCGACGUCGGCGCUUCAUUCUUCCUGCCACGUCUGCCUGGCGCUGUGGGCACCUACCUGGCCCUGACAAGCGAGCAACUCAAGGCGGCGAAUGUGCUCUACGCCGGUAUCGCCACGCACUAUCUGCACUCCACCACACUCCCAAUGCUCGAGACACGGCUGUCGGAGCUUAGGUUCAGGGAUUUUGACAGCUUAGAGAAGCGGUUGUCGCUCAUCAACGACGUCAUCGAGGAAUACUCCACCGGAUUACCACACGACCAGCCGGUGUUGCUGGGAGGAGAGCUGCGCAAGGCCAUCGACCGGUGCUUCUCGAAGCCCACGGUCAAUGAGAUCGUUAAAGCCCUGGAGGAGCAGCCUGAAGGCCCGCUGAAGGAGUGGGCGGACAAAACGAUAGCGACCCUGAGGGCGAGGUCACCGACGUCCGUCCAUGUGGCUUUGAAGCAGAUGCAGCAGGGCCGGCAGUGGAGCAUUGCCGACACGUUCAAGCGUGAGCACCAGAUAGCUGCUAAGUUCAUGCGGCACGGUGACUUCACCGAGGGCGUGAGGGCACAGCUCAUCGACAAGGACAAGAAGCCCAAGUGGCAACCGGCAAGCCUGGAGGACAUCAAAGAGGAAGACAACGUCACCAAGCCGUUCUUUGAGAUCUCGAGCGAUGUGGCCCCGCUGCAACUGUUGACAGAUGCGGACUACCCCGAGUAUCCCUGGAGGAGAUUCGGGCUGCCAACCGAGGAGGACGUGAAGUAUCUGGCGGCGAGGAAGAGCUACACACAGAACCAGAUUGUGAACGCCUUCGCUGCGCAGAGGAAUGGCAAGCAGGGCGUGCGGGAGGUCGUGAGCGAGAUUGUGGCGCGGAAAACAAAGGUGAUUCCCGGCAACAACAUUGCUGAAUGGGUGGAUGAAGAAUAG